AUGAUUACCCUAGUGUUGUUUGUUGUGGGGAGCCUCCUGGCAGCAACAGAGGCGUGUGGAGCUGGUAAACAGAUGCUAAGAACUGGAGGACUGACGGCGUAUGAGAAGCAAGCGAUCGUCGACGCACACAAUCGUCUCAGACAGUCAGUAGCUCUAGGGCAAGUGUCGAGUCAACCACCAGCUGCCAAUAUGAUGGAAAUGGUGUGGGAUGAUGAGUUAGCAGCGACGGCGCAACGUUGGGCUGAUCAAUGCACUCCCGCGCACGAUCGAGCGGCGCAGCGUGACGUCGGCAGGUUCCCCGUGGGGCAGAAUCUCGCAGCCACAUGGACCACACGGCCGCCGUCCGGCCCCUCUGACUCCGAGCCAGAUUUCAUGAAACAAAUCAACGCGUGGUUCGACGAAGUCAGGAUCUACGGCUUCAAGCCGAUCAGUGGAGGACACGGCACUGGUCAUUACUCUCAGUUGGUUUGGGGCGAAACUUCUCACGUCGGAUGCGGUUACACGUUCUACUACGAUCCAACUCGGGGCUACACCAAACUGUACGUUUGUAAUUACGGCCCCGGUGGUAACGUAAUUGGUUCAAGCCCUUACGAAAAAGGACACCCAUCGUGCACUGCGUUUGGGCUGUCCGAGUCGAGAAAAUACUCUGGUUUAUGCUCGGCCACAUUCACAAGCACAUCCAACUAUGUGGCGGACAAUAACAACGGCUUCAUCUCGAAUGUCAUCCCCGACAGCACCGGUGAUUCACCAGCCUUCAACUACCACUUCUACAACCAGUACAACAACGACUAUCAGUACUACCAACAGCCACAGACCUACUACAAGACGGAGGCGUCCACCUUCAGGCCUCUGAUCAGCAUUUUCAAGACUGCCUCGAAUUUAUUCGCUAAACCAAAAGCACUUCGCGUCGGCACUGUUUACCUAUAA